AUGGAUUCCGAGAUACUGAUUAUUGGCGCCGGUGUUUUUGGCAUCAGCACAGCCUACCACCUGGCUAAACAGUCCCCCAACCCAUCAAAGAUUGUUAUUCUUGACCGCGCCCCUCCUCCAUCUGGAGAUGCCGCAUCUACAGACAUCAAUAAGAUUGUCCGGGCAGACUACUCAAGCCCUCUAUACAUGAACCUCGCAUUCGAAGCAAUUGAUGCCUGGGAAAACGACCCACUCUUCAAUACUGCUGGAGUUUAUCAUCAAACCGGUUGGAUUAUGAUGGGCGAGCGGGGCAGUGAUCUCGCUUCGAGAAUUCGCAACAAUUUCAAAACCAGUGGACGCCCUGACCCAACUAAAGACAUGACAGAGGAUGAAGUUCGCUGCAGCUGGGGCGGAGUACUGAAAGAUGCAGAUAUGAAAUCGUUUGAAUCUUACUAUUAUAAUCCGUCAGCUGGAUGGGCCGAUGCCGGCUGUGCUCUCGAAAUCAUGGCAGACGAGGCAAUUCGCAUGGGAGUCCAGUACAAAGUCGGCGAGGCCACUCGACUCAUUCUUGAUGACUCCGGAGUCAAGGGUGUUGAAACUAGCAACGGUGACAUAUAUACGGCCAAGAAGAUAAUCCUCGCCACGGGAGCCUGGACUAGCCAGUUGAUGGCUUCCGCAGAAGACCGACUUGAUAUUCCCAGCGGGUCCAGGAUGGAGAGCCAACUCACAGCAGCAGGUGUUUGCGUGGCGCAUUUUCAAUUAUCAGACAUAGAGCGGAUUCCCUACGAUCAACUUCCAGUAUACGUUUAUGGUGAAGAGGGUGAAACAUUCCCCCCGACGGCUUCAGGGCUACUAAAAUUCACCAACACAAUCUCCUUUAAGAACUCCGUCGAAGCAAGCAAGGGAUACACGAUCUCCGUCCCACCCCCAACAUCCCAGCGGACUGUUCCCGAAGGCCUUCGUCGGGAGUUAAUCGCGUCGAUAAGGGGCCGAUUGCCUCAACUCUUUGAGAAUAAUCGCCAGGUGGACUAUUUUCGCAUCUGUUGGGAUGCGAUCACACCCGGGCAGCACCCAUUAAUCACACAACAUUCACACUCUCAUCUAUCCAAUCUGUAUCUCGCCGUCGGAGGAUCGUUCCACUGCUGGAAAUUUCUGCCCAUCAUCGGACGCUUUGUGUCGAAUGUCGUACAUGGCGUAAGUAAUGGGGCCGACCGUGAUACAGCUUGGGGGUGGAAGAAAGACCAGGGAGGCCGAGGAGUGCAUUCUGGGCUCAUCCCAAAUCACGAACUCCGAGAUUACGAGAUCUGA